GAUCAAACGCGAGGGAGAUGCACCGUCAAUUACAAGCACUUGGACAAGUCUAACUUUUUUUUCUUUUACAAAUAUGCUUUCAAAAGCAAUCUCAGCAACGCCCAAAUAAGAAGCCACUUCUAAGCAAAAUAGUAUAUAUACAGGGAGGGCGAAUAUAUAUAUUUAUAAUAAGUAUAUAAAGAUAUUACAGGAGCACAGGUUUACACCUAGUGAACUUUUUCUUUUUUCUUUUUUUUAAACUACAGACAUUGCAGAGAAGGACUCUUCCUCUUUAUCUUCUGGCGAGCUAGCGAAGGGGGGAAUUCUGUUUUCUCAUAGCGCCCAAGGGGGCGCAGGGACCUCGGAGAGAAGAUUGGGGAGGGGCGCGGCAGGGUGGGUGAGGGGCAGAGGGCGAGUCGGCGGCCAGGGCAGGCGCUAGCUUGCGGCACGAUGCCGUCUCUGCUGGUGCUCACUUUCUCCGCGUGCGUCCUGCUAGGCUGGGCGGUGCUGGCCGGCGCCACGGGUGGCGGUGACCGCGGGGGCGCGGGCCCAGGCCCCGGGCGCCGGGAGGGAGAGGCGCUGCCCCCGCAGAAGAUCGAGGUGCUGGUGCUGCUGCCGCAGGACGAUUCGUACCUGUUCUCCCUGGCCCGUGUACGACCGGCCAUCGAGUACGCGCUGCGCAGCGUGGAGGGCAACGGGACCGGGCAGCGGCUAUUGCCGCCCGGCACCCGCUUCCAGGUGGCCUACGAGGACUCGGACUGCGGUAACCGCGCGCUCUUCAGCCUGGUGGACCGCGUGGCAGCGGCGCAGGGCGCCAAGCCCGAUCUCAUCCUGGGGCCCGUGUGCGAGUACGCGGCGGCGCCUGUAGCCCGGCUGGCGUCGCACUGGAACCUACCCAUGCUGUCGGCGGGGGCACUGGCCGCUGGCUUCCAGCACAAGGACACCGAGUACUCGCACCUCACGCGUGUGGCGCCCGCCUACGCCAAGAUGGGCGAGAUGUUGCUCGCUCUGUUCCGCCACCACCAGUGGAGCCGCGCGGCGCUGGUUUACAGCGACGACAAGCUGGAGCGGAACUGCUAUUUCACCCUCGAGGGGGUCCACGAGGUCUUUCAGGAGGAGGGCUUGCACACGUCCGCCUACAGUUUUGACGAGACCAAAGAUUUGGACCUGGACGACCUGAUGCGCUACAUCCAGGCCAGCGAGCGAGUUGUGAUCAUGUGCGCGAGCAGCAACACCAUCCGGAGCAUCAUGCUGGCGGCGCACAGGCAUGGCAUGACCAGCGGAGACUACGCCUUCUUCAACAUUGAGCUCUUCAACAGUUCUUCCUACGGAGAUGGCUCGUGGAAGCGAGGAGACAAACACGACUUUGAAGCUAAGCAGGCAUACUCAUCCCUCCAAACAGUCACUCUACUGAGGACAGUGAAACCUGAGUUUGAGAAGUUUUCCAUGGAGGUGAAAAGUUCUGUUGAGAAACAAGGACUCAAUGAGGAGGAUUACGUUAACAUGUUUGUUGAAGGAUUCCAUGAUGCCAUCCUCCUCUAUGUCCUGGCUUUACAUGAAGUGCUCAGAGCUGGUUACAGCAAGAAGGAUGGAGGGAAAAUAAUCCAGCAGACACGGAACAGAACCUUUGAAGGUAUUGCUGGGCAGGUGUCCAUAGACGCCAAUGGAGACCGGUAUGGGGAUUUCUCUGUGAUUGCCAUGACUGACACGGAGGCAGGCACCCAGGCGGUUAUUGGUGAUUACUUUGGGAAAGAAGGUCGUUUUGAAAUGCGGCCGAAUGUCAAAUAUCCUUGGGGACCUUUAAAGCUGAGAAUAGAUGAAACCAGAACUGUCGAGCACACAAACACCUCUCCUUGCAAAUCAUCAGGUGGCCUAGAAGAAUCUGCAGUGACAGGCAUCAUUGUGGGGGCCUUAUUAGGAGCUGGUUUGCUAAUGGCCUUCUACUUUUUCAGGAAAAAAUACAGAAUAACCAUUGAGAGACGAAACCAGCAAGAAGAAAGUAACAUUGGAAAACAUCGGGAAUUACGGGAAGAUUCCAUCAGGUCCCAUUUUUCAGUGGCUUAAAGGAAGACUUUUUUUUUUUUUCUGCUCGAGGUUCUUUAAGGAGAUAGAUGGGAUGAAAGACAUCAAUGGAACAGAAGGGACACUCUUGAAGAACUCAUUCUUUUAUGCAUUUAGUCAUUUUGUUUUAAAAUUUCUUUAGAAGCUCAGGAACAAUUAAUAAUCACCAUAUGCCUCAUGGCCUUUCAUCUCAUGACAAACAAAUAUAAGGAUAUAAUGUCACUCUGUUAGUUGUUCAUACUGUUUCAAGGGUAGACAAUUAGGUUUAUGGUUUUAAAAUCUGGUGUCUCCAUAUAUCUUGAUGGCUUUUGGGGGUAUUUCACAGAAGCAUAUAAAAUGUGGUUCUCUUAAAUGAAAUGAAUAAUAGCUAGAAUAAAAUCGUUUUACAGGUAGAAUAUUCUUGGAAAGGAUUUAAUACCCAGGAAGAAAAAAAUGUAAUGAGAAAUGGCAAGGUUGGAAAUGCAGCUGUCCUCUCUUUAGAGUUGGUGGAUGGAUUUGAGGUGAAGGACUGCCCUAGCCAACGUGGACGUUCAGGUUCUGACUUUAUAUCUCAAAAGGGGAUUGAUUUUCUCCCUGUCUCCUCCAGUGGCUUAACAAAGCUGCUCUGGAAAGUUGUAAAUAUUAGUGAGACAAGAGGAUUUAUAUAUAUAUAUACAUAUAUAAAAAGCUAGUCUAAAGUGUUUCCUUUUUUAAUGUAAAAAAAAAGGCCCUAUGUCACGCUAACAUUUUAAGUAUUUUAAUCUUAUAUUUUGCUAUUAGAAAAUGUGUCUAUUUUUUCAUUUUGAAGAUUAAAUUUCACUUCUAUUUUAAAAGCAUGGGUAAUGUGUACCACAAACCAACAAUGAAGAGAGAUGCUUCUCUUCGUCUCUCUGUUUCCCUCUUCUCCUUGGCCACCGCCAAAUGCUAAGUGCUGCUUGACUUACAGAGAUCUGGAAAUGUAUUCACAUUACAAACUCUCAAGGAGUUAGAGUUCUAGCCUUCAUUUUACCUGAUUUAAAUGCAAGUUAUUUUAGGGAUAGACACACCGCGCCAAUUAAGGCAAAAUGAAGAUAUUCAUGAUUAGGGGUGAAAAGUUACUAGAAUUCAGCAGGUUUUAUAAAGUGAGGCCUCCCUUUUUCUUCAAGGGCAACUUCAGAACAUGACAGUAGGCACAGAGUUGAUAAAUUUAAAAAAUGCAUGCAUGGCAUUUUACCAAAAUCCACGGUGAUGUUUUUGGUUAAAAGAGGGAAUAUCAACAUCUUACUAUAUUCUCUUUUAGCCAACUCCGCAGAGCGUUACGGUCAUCCACUAAUAGCCUGUGUAACACUGGGUUGGGUGUGGGGAUGAGGAGUUUGAACUACGUUGAUUAAGUGCUUACUGAAUAUCUGCUUUGGGCCUAGUACUCCACACAGGGGUUUGAACUCAGGUUGCCUUUUUUCCUUGUAAUCUGUGGGGGAAACUAGACAGUGAGGGGAGAGAGAGGAGUUGCCAGACGAGUGUACCACCUCGUAACAGGUCACUAGGGCCUUUCCUUCAUAGCAUUUUGAGCAUCUGAAGAGUAGAUUUAAAAAUUAUCUUAAUAUCUGUAAAAGCCCCACAUUAGGGAGGGCAAUGGCCGAGCUUGAGCGAUUCCCUGUAGUGAUGGAGGCCACGGCUCCCCAAGGUCCCGGGCAAGGCAGUGUGACUGAGAGCUGCUAGCCUGGGAUUCGGCCAUGCCUGCUUCUCUGGAGGAAUCUGCCUCUGCUGCCACCACUUCAGCCCUUGUGGAUGGAUUACUUCUGCAUGAGGCACAUUUUCCCUCUAUAGUUUAAAAAAUGGAAUACUGGCUGCUGGAGGGCCUAAUAAAAGAAUUAACCAAAAGAAAGAAAGAAAGAAAAGCAAAUCUUUUGCCAUCCAGUCAAAUCCUACUUGUAGCAACCCUAUAGGACAGAGUAGAACUGCCCCAUAGGGUUUCCAAGGAGCGGCUGGUGGAUUUGAACUGCUGACCUUUUGGUAAGCAGCUAUAGCCCUUAAGCACUGUGCCACCAGGGCUCCAAAACGAAUGAAAAGAAUUAACCAUGAUCAACUGGAGCAGCUAUGUUAUAGUCUUCCACGCUGGAUGCAAAGGAAAAAGUGCUAAGUUGGAAAAAGGAUGAAAAAGGAAAAGAAGAAAAGGAAACUCCAGAAAUUCCAGACUAAUGCAGAAGAGAGAUUGGGAAGUAAAAUCCAGGACAGCAAAGCCUUUGACAGCUUGGGACUCCCCAAAAUGAGAGCAGAAUGGAAAGAGUGCAUCCGUCUUUACCAAAAUUGUAGAGCUUCUUUCUUUCUCAUUUUUAUUUUUCACAGAUGCUUUCCAUCUAUUUUAGAGGUAUUCGUUUUCUAUUAUCUAGUGUUUUUUAAAAAAAAAAAUGAAAUUUUGAGCCCAUGUGCCUACUAUGGGAGGGAAAAACACUCUACCUGGUUGCAGUCUGGGGCAUAAACAUUUCUAACCUUUAUAGAAUUUAUAGGGCCCAUUAAGCCUAACACUUAAAAAAUGAUUAUAUUUUAUUUCUACUUCAGGGGGAAGAAUAGUCCUAAAACUAGUAUUAUAUGCCUAGAUAAAAUCUUAAAACGAGUGCAAGCGUAGCUUUUCAAAAACGGCAGAACAAAUUCUGAGGUUUCUGGUGUGUGAUGCCAUCCUUUUCAAAUCUUAAUUUGAAUCCACUGUUUUUAACGUUGAUCUCUUGUGUACCUUUCUGUUGCCUUGAAAUCUUCAUACGAGUUACCAAGACUCCAGUAAGUUUUACAAACUCCAUUAAGUUGAGAAACCUAAAAGUACAGGUGUUUUUUUUCAAUUUUUUUUUGGGUUAAGACUGCUUGAGACCGUAAUUUGGUAUUUAAGCUCCUAACUUGCUAAGCAACAUCUCGGACAGUUAGUCACGCAUACAUUGCCAGUAGCCACAUACCAUACAGUGAGAUAAACAGGGCUUUAGUUCUGAAAUUCAUUCUAUACAUUUUUACUGUACUUGCUGGGUCUAGAUUUCACAGGGGUGCUUUAUUAGUAUUUUCCCAUCUGGCCAAACAUAAGCUGACAUUGAUACAGAUCAAAGUGAGUAUAGACUAUUUGGUGUUGGAAAUAAAUUUUGGUGUUCUGAUUAUCAUUGUUACCUUCUUAGAUUUUUUUUUUUGGACUAAGAAAUAAAAGCUUUCCUCGAUGAUCACUUUUAUUUGGAAAGGAUUUUCUUUGCAUAGUCCAUAUUUCCCUCCAGACUGACCACAGGUUCCACAAGGUUCUAGCACCCCUGUGAUAAUUCCAUUUCUCUGAAAAGCCAUCAGCUUGUGAUGUCCUGGGUCACAGAUGCAGUGACAUAGCCCUUAAAAUAAUUCUUUAAAUUUUAGAAGCUACCUUUAAUGGGGGAAGAGAGAAGCUUAUGGGAGGGGAAGGUUUUCUUUUCUCCUUGGAAACCCUAUGGGGCGGUUGUACUCUGUCCUAUAGGGUCGCUAUGAGUCGGAAUCGACUCGAUGGCAACAGGUUUGUUUUUUUUUUGGUUUAGUAUCGUUAAUUUACUCAUGCAGAUGUGCUCUCUGCCUUUAACUUACACCUUCUUUCUGGUAGUGGCUGACUUUUGUGCGCAGUAAGAUACUCUGUCAGCAGUGACCUUUGUAUAGACUUCAUACACACAGUGACAAAAAUUCAGAAAGUAGGCUCCAGUAGCAUUAUGGCCUUCAUGUCAAUGAGUAUACAUUGGCUACUUGCAGAUGUCUCUUUAGGAGACCAAACAGAAUAUUAAGCCACUGGUAUCAAGGGAACAUUUAUAUACUGGAAAGAACGCUACCUAUGUUUCUUGGGAUACAAAGAACUAAGAUCCUGAGUGAAUGCAGUCAUAAAAUCAAAUGCCAACCAAAGUUAGGCCCCUGAUCUGUGUGUCACGGGUUUUGUUUAGUUACACCCUGUGGUUCGGUGCUUCAUGAGGAAGCUGGUAAUGAGUUUCUUGUUCAGUGGAAAAGACCUUGACUGUCUAGAAAUACGGAAUCUGUUUCAGGGGCAGUGUGGAAGCAGAGAGAAUGAGAUGCUGCUCAAAGGGAUCUGUUUCUUUUUUACUUGGUCUUUAGAGCUAAUGGAUAACCGGUAAUUUAGUCCCUUGUCAACAGCUCUUUUAUAUGCCAGACUCAACAAGAAGCGUAGGGCAUGCCCAGCACAAAGAAUCAGAAGUAUGAUCCUCAAAUAGGAAUGGAAAAGGGGCCAAUUGCAGAUGGUCACUGACUUUGCCACCUACCCCACCCCAUCCACCUGUGUCUUCAGAGAUAUGUUAGCAUCUUGCCCACCCAGGUAGAAACCUGUGAGUAGGACUGCCAUACUUCCUCUGAGGGAAGAAAGGCACAUGGGUGCUAUCUGUCAGGAUGCAGCUGGCUUUUGAUCAGAACCCCUUCGUGAACUUGACCACACAUGCCCUCGGGGUCAGUGUGAGCCUGUGAUGUCCGUCUGCUCCCACCAGCCUGACUUUGGUUUUCAGCAUGUAGAGUUCACAAAGGCUCCUUGCUGGUGGACCCCACAGCCCGAGGCAGGCUUUAAAAUGAUUUCCAAAAGGUGCUGGUUUGGAGUUCUUUCAAAUUUCUCAUUAACCACUAAUGUUAAUUCACUCCAAAGGCCAAACAUUCUGAGCUAGCCAAUGGUGUUAAUGUUCAUGUUUUAAGCUACUUUAAACCGAGUCUUAGAAGUAAAAAUCCAUAGGUCGUAAUGACUCUGACGUAUCAGGCAUGGAAUGAUUCCUUGGAGAGAGAUUGGAACAAGCAGAGUUCAGGGUUAGCCAAAAUGCCGGAUGGUGUGGAUUCCGAUUUUUAAAGACCUAAAUUUCUAUGCACAAGGAAUAAAGGGACCACUUACCAACUGUAAAAUUACAACGUAGGUACCAAGGUAUUUUUUAUGUGCGAGGAGAGCAAAGCUAUCAUAGCACAUAAUUGGGCAGAGAAGGCUGAGAAGGAGGACAAUUUGGAUUUUGAAACAGCGUGUCCUAUUUAUUAUUCGGUGCCAAGAUCUGAAAAUCUUCACUGUGGUGUGUCUUACUUCUAAGACAGCAAUGAGGCGUUCUUUGAUGGCCUGGACAUGUGGUGAGUUUGCAGAGCUUAGCAUUGGGUCCUGGGACUCAGAUUUGUUCCUUGCGAAUGGUGAGUAAUUGAAAUUGAGGGGACAUGGGACAGACACUGUGGAGGUGUAAUUCUGGGUCACGUGAUUCAUUGUUAAUUUAAGUACAGAAUUACCAAACAAUACACACCCUACCGUUAGUCUGGUAGAAGAAAGAAAGUAAAAGUUGUAUAAGCUGCGUGCAGUUUAUUAUUCUAAUGUAAAGUAGAACUAUCUGCAUAUAAUGUGAUUUAAUUUAUUGUUGUUUUGUGUAGAAAACGAGAAUUCAUGACUGUGGAUAUAACCCCUGUUUUGUACAAUAUAUUUUAUUUCUGGUGCAAACUGGUCAUUUAAAAUAUCGACUUAAUUUGGUGUUUGGAUCUAAAUGUGUACGUGUUCUUGUAAAUGUUUCUAUUAAGCAAGGAUGCCACAUACCCAGACUAUUACAAUGUGUUCUCAUUAAAAAAAUACAUCCCACAGAAACCUUUUCCUGUUUAUAAUUCAGCCACCGUACACCGCACAUCUCAAUAUUCUUUGAGGACUUUCUGUUCUCCUAGAACUCUUUUGACUAAAAUUAGUAAAAGUGAUGAAUUGUAGUGUUCAA